AUGGCUUACGAGGUAGUCCCGCUGGAGGAUUUCUCCAAGGUGUUUGGGUCGACCACAGAAUUAUCGAGUGUAUCUAUAGGAGGACAGGUAGUGCACGUUUCUGAUGAAUUCUUUGCUGAGGCAUACCAACUCCUGCUAGUCGAGCCGCCCGUAAGCCUUGCUAAGCAAUAUGGACCGAAUGGGGAGCUAUAUAGCGGAUGGGAAACGCGUCGACACAACCCAACAUACGACUGGUGUACCAUCAAACUAGGAACGACAGGGAUUAUCAUUGGCUUCGACAUCGAUACAACUCACUUCAAUGGCAACGAGGCACCAGAGGCUUCAGUCGAUGCUGCGUAUGAAUUUCCAAUUGAAGGAGCGGCGGUACGUGUGUGGAAAGAAAUCCUACCGAGAGUACGGCUGGGACCAUCACGCCGACAUAUCUACAAGAUACCUGCGACGGGACAGGCUACUUAUGUCAGACUUAGAAUAUAUCCAGACGGGGGGAUCGCCCGCUUCCGCGUCUAUGGACGUAUAAUGCCCGUCUUUCCUGCAAGUCCUGUGGAACCCUUCGACCUUGCCCAUAUAUUUGCAGGCGGUAAGGUCGUCGCUACAUCUGACGACCACUUUGGGUCAAGCUCGAAUCUUCUUCUUCCGGGGCGAGGGAAAGAUAUGGGGGAUGGAUGGGAAACCAAAAGAAGCUAUGCAAAGAAUCACCAGGACUGGGUCACUAUUAAACUCGGUGCCCCAGGAUACUUGUCAACGGCGGUCAUCGAUACCAUCCAUUUCAAAGGCAACUUCCCGGAGAGUUGUGAUAUUUGGGGCAUAUGCAGUCAAGAAAACGUGCCGGGUGCAAACAGCGAUGGCUGGAAGAUUAUUUUAUCCCCUGUCAAACUGGGCCCCCACCGCUUGCAUUUCUUCCAGUUGAGCGAUCCCCGCGAGCGGUACACGCAUGUCAAGAUAUCAAUCUACCCUGACGGCGGUAUGAAGCGGAUCAGGAUCAUAGGCACAUUGGCGAAAUCUGAGGCAGACGCGACGGAAAGCACAACAGAGGACGACGGAAAUCACCCGACCACUCCUAUCAUUGUCGAGGAGGGCUGGGAGAUUAUUGAAGGCUGAAGAUGUCUACUACAAGCCUUCUACGCGAAGGAGCUGUUGCUUAGGCCUAUAACAGAAGUUUGAAUAACAUAGGAAGUUGGUUCAGAAUUUCAACGUUUCGUCUCUACCGAUGCAUCGAACAGCGACAAGACAUUAAACUGUUUCGAGCCGCCCAUGCAUACGAUUUGCUGCGCUACUUGGCAGGCGGUCAAGCUUGCUCUGGAUCAUGCAAAAGAUGAGCACUAUAGGAUUAAUGGAAGUCGGUGCUAUUGGUUGUAUAUACGGUGAGGAGGUGGACUCCAAGAUUCAAAGAUAGAUUUCUCAUGAUGGGCACUUGGGACAGGAUCUCUCAGGUAGCAACUAGUAAGAGAGAAGCUCGGGCCUGAUGAUCUCAUCACUCAA